ACACUGCUUAACCCACACGUGCCUUUGACUAUUAAGACUUCGAAAUUGUACCUUCGUAAAGGUCAAGGACUCUCUUUCUCUCUAUAACUCUUUUCUUCUCUAUCCUUGGUAACAAAGCCCUAAUCCUAAUUUCUCUCUCACUUUCCAAUCAAACGCUCUCGACUCUCGUCGUUCAAUUAUUUCAAUCGGAACCAAACGGUUCCGUCUUCAAUUCGCAUUUCAAGUGAUAACUUGUGGAACACAGGAUGCCAGCAGUGCGGUAUUUUUCUCCGGACGACACGGUAAAUCAAAAGUUACAGAUUCAAACGAGGCUCGGUAGUUUGAAAUCGUGCAAGUACUUCAAUCUUCUCACGAGAUAUUUAAGUCUCAAAGUUAGCAAACAUGAAUUUGACAGGCUCUGCUUAGCAAUUAUUGGGAGGGAAAAUGUCCCACUUCAUAAUCAUUUCAUCAAGUCAAUCUUGAAGAAAUCGUGUCUCCCCAAGAUAGCUCCGGCAAAACAGAGCAGAGUAGAAGGUCCUUUGACUGUGAAAACGCCAAAUGGAUGUAACAAUCUACAGAAUCUAUGCAAGGAUUUUCUUAAAUCUCCUCGGAAAAGUAGAACUCCAAGUUUGCGUGACCGCAGAUUCAAAGACCGUCCCAGCCCUCUUGGUCCUCAUGGGAAAAACAACAGCAAUGGAUUUGAGAAUUCAACUCCUAAGACUCAAGAGGGAUUUGAAAAUUCAACUCCUAAAACUCAAGAGCAGCAAAGUAAUACAGAACCAUUUUCUGUAGGCAACAAGCUUCCUGUGCCUGUGGAAGAUGGGGAAGAGGUUGAUCAGGAUUCUGAAAGGCUGGCCGAAAUUAGAAAGAGUCCUAUCCGAGCACCUCUCGGUAUUCCAAUCUAUGAUAAUAGAGCACAAAGACUUACACGUGAAGGAUUACCACCUGGUAGUGUCACUGAUACCUGUGAAAGUAAUGGUCACUUACCUGAUACACAUUCUUUGAUGAAAAGGAUGGAGCAUAACCUGGAAACUGAGGAAUGUAAGGUCUCAGCAGAUGCAGCCAACGUAUUAAAUAAGGCUCUUGAUGUUUACCUCAAAAGAUUAAUAAAGCCCUGUUUGGAUUUAGCGACUUCAAAAUCUGUGAAUAAAUUUAGUGGUCGAAUUCAAUCUGGCAAGAACAAGUUAGCAACGAAAAGGUGUGUGCAAAAGCAAAUUGGAUCUGCUUCUGCAUCAAUCUCCGAGUUUAGAACAGCAAUGGAGUUGAAUCCUACCAUACUAGGGGAAGAUUGGCCUCUACAUUUGGAGAAGGUUUGCUUUCGUGCAAUGGAGGAAUGAGUUAAACAGGCUCUACAUUGUAUUGAUCCAAGUUAUAAAUACGAACUUUUCACAAAGUAAUGGUAUUCGAAUGGGUUAGUUCAGCCUCAAUCUGACUUUGAGUUUUUACUGAUAAAUAUUGCUGACGUAAAUAGAGGUGGAAAUAUAGGUAAUUUUCAAUUUCGUGACCAUACCAUGUAAAGGUUUCAGCAUUGGAUAGUUUGGCUUUGGACAUUUUAUAUCAUAAAGUUGUUAAGUAAUUGGAAGAGUCAAGUUUACUGAAUAGAUGCGGGAAUCUCUUAACAUAUCUGUAGGAUAUUUCUUCAUUUGAUUAAUUUUUUUUUGAAUAAAUCUUAUAUUCAGUCUCUCCAGAUCUAAAAUCACGUUCCUCAGUGUUUGAAUUGAGUAUCAUUUGGUGGGGGUGUAAGAAGUUAUAGCUUUGUUUUUCUAUACCUGAUUACAUAAAAGUCACUCGUGAAUUUACAUCUGUAAUGAUAUUGUCAUCCUGUUACUUUAUUUCAAUUGCAUAUAAUCUAGUGUUCAAAUUUAUAUUGUCA